GUCCAAAUUAGAGAAUAAGUAACUCAAGAAAGAGUGAAAUCAACACCAAAGACGAUGAUGAUCCUAAGGCUGGCUCUAGCCGUCGUCAUCUCCGCCUACGCAACCGCACAACCAGCCUCAACGUCGUCGCUUGUAACCUAUAUAUUCGGCGACUCGCUAACUGAAGUUGGUAACAACAAUUAUUUACAAUAUUCGCUAGCAAGAGCAGACUUUCCAUAUUAUGGUGUUGAUUUCUCCGGCGGUAAAGCUACCGGAAGAUUCACCAACGGUCGGACUAUCGGCGAUAUCAUAUCUACGAAGCUUGGGAUUCCAUCGCCACCACCAUAUCUAUCGUUAUCACAAAACGACGAUGCAUUUCUCAGCGGAAUAAACUACGCAUCCGGAGGAGCUGGGAUUCUCAAUGAAACUGGCAUUUACUUCGUAUUACUUCUCCUUUAAUUUCUAUAUAAGAAUUUAAAUUUCUUAAGAAUUUUAAAAUUAAUCAUAUAUAGUGUCACUUUGAUGGAGCAGAUCCAAAGGCUGACGUUCAAUGAUCAAAUAAAUUGUUUCAAGAAAA